AUGACGCCUAUUGUUUUGCCUGCGGACCUAGAACUCGGCAGGGUCAGAGAUGGUUACCCGGCGCUGGCCAGAUGGAUAGCUCAGGAUCCCGACGACGACCCACUCUUAUUCCGCAAGUUUGGGAGAGUUGCAGCACGCAACAUAUUGCACUUGCAGUGUCAGAUGACUAGGAUCGAAGGCGAGAUCGACGACUUGGAUGAGCAGAUUCGAACAGCGACAAGUCUGGACACUCGCCGAUCGCUCCAACGAUGGGAAGUCCUCUGGAAGAGGGCGACAACCGAACCAAAUAGUCUUGAAAAGCAGCUGACGGACAAGCUCAAGGAGUCACAAGAGUUGUUGAAAGAUUACUACGAAGCGCUUGUUCUACGAGCCCAAGUCGCUCAAUUAGGCAAACCGAGUGAUCGGAUCUUGACAACUUACAAGGAUUUCCUCUCUGGAAAAGCCAUUGCAAAUGCAGGAGACGACUCCAUGGACCUCAUAUACGGCCGUGCUAGCAAGUUCCUGGAUGAAGCAUCAGAUCUUGUCGCUUUACAAAAGCCUACCAAUCAUGACUACCUGUCGCGCUCGCUAAGGAACCAUUGGCUCUUCACCAGAAGUCAGUCAGAUGAUUCGAUUGAUAGAGCAACAGUGUACAAAGACACACACGUCGCUCGAGUCGUGGCUGCAAUAAGCAUGGUUCUUGCUGCGAUCCUCCUUGUUGGAGCAAUCUCGAGUCUGUACUUCGUGAUUAACCCCAAAGCAAAGCUAGGAUUGCUAGCGUUGUACACAAUACUGUUCGCGAUGAGUGUUGGGCUUUGUACCAACGCCAGGCGAUCAGAAGUUUUCGCGACCACUGCAGCGUAUGCUGCUGUAUUAGAUAAACUGGUAAAGUAG